AUGGCAGCUGACUUUGUAGAGGAGAUUGAUUCUGGUCACAUACAUCUUAUUUGCAACUGUACAAUGACAAGGAGACUUUGGUGGGAGCCUUUGAGAUGGGUUAAUAGAGUGGGUCCUUUUUCCACAGACCCAAAGAACCACUUUUUGCAAUUCACUCAAUGGAACAGCAAAGCUAGUAUAAACAACAGAUGGAAAUUUCUGUGGUUAGCUCUAUCCUUCUUCGUCUGGCAUAAUAGAAAUGCUAUGAUUUUCAAGAACCAGUCGUUUGAUCCUGAAAAGGUUAUCGAUGAUACCUUGUUCCACACUUGGUCUUGGUUAAAAUGUGCAGAGAAGGACUACACCAGGGACUACACCAUCCAUAUGUAG